GCCCCGCCUCCGUAUAAAUCCUGCGAAUCGCUUGUUCACAUUCUCUCUCCAUCCCCACCCUUACGCUCUCGCCGCCGACAUGGAUCAGACCACCACUUCGCAGUCAUUCGCUCCUUUCUUCGACACUCUCCCAUCUUCCAGGUCCUCUGCGUCCUCCAUAUGGGCGCCUCAGCCUCAGCCUUCCGACACCGCCUGGACAAAAGCCAUCGACUCGUUCACUCGAGCCAAUCUCCAUGGCCUCACCGGAACAGGUCUCUCCCGUCCGACACCGCAGCGGUCGUCCUCGUUCCCCGCUCCUAAUCACGGUCAAGACGUAUUCGGCCUUCCGAUGAGCCAGGACGGACAGCGUCGCCGCGAUGUUGGCGCCAUCGGAGACGGGCGCAAAAAGCUCUCUCCGACCUUCGACGAGCUUCACGUUGAACAGCUACUGCGCUCACUGAACCUCAACUCGCCGGGUCCCGCGGUGCCGCCACCCAGGAUCAGGAGCGAUCUCGUCCAUUCCCCUACCUCGCCCGAUUUAUCACCCAUCUCUACGACUUCUGCUCUUCUCACCCCGACUGACAUGUCCCCUGCCAAAACGUUUGAUCAGAAGUUACCCCCUACGUUCGAUUUCAAUGCUGUCCUUCGCCCUCCCGAGAACAACUUGCUGAUGUUCGAGGGCGGCUACCGCGGUCCAGAGAUAGCCCAAGGGACGCAGGCUUCGAUCUGGGCCAACCCUCAAGCUUACAACUCGGAAGCAGGCUACUUUCAGACAUUCGAGCCUUUUCCUGAAAGCUCCCCGCACUCGGUCUCUCGUGGGCAGCCUCUGCCGCUAUCCCAAGUGCAGGCCGAACGCCGGCAAUUGGAGACUAACGUUCUUCCCCCCACACUCCCGCCUCUCUCUUGGGGUGGGCAACGUCUGCGCAACUCUUCCGACUGGCUCAAAGCCGACGAUAUCAUCGACCGGGGAGCGCAGUUCCACGCGACUGAGACGGCAUUCCGCUCCACCCAAGCGCAGUCAGGGCCGCCUCACCCGACAUACUCACAGCCCAUCAACUUCCUGUCUCUUCUGCAUCCCUCUUCCACUCCGCCUUACGACUUGUUCGUGGCACGCAUCAUCAAAUCUUCGGACCAGCAGGCUUCCAUAUUUCUUCAACAGAAGCUGAAGGUGGCCGACUCCGAUGAAAGAGCGAAGAUUGUGGAUGCCAUCUGUGCGAGGGGCUUCGACAUGAUGGCGCACAGGUUUGGCAAUUGGGCUGUGCAGAGAUGUCUCGAAGCGACGUCUUCCGUCGAGGAAAGGCGCAAGAUCGUCGCAUGUAUGCGCGGUCGUGUGGUUGAUCUGGCUACCAAUUGUUACGGCUGCCAUGUCCUCCAAAAGGCCUUGGAUUGCGAGGAAGAUGUACGGCUUCUCAUUGUUUCAGAGCUUCUCCUCGGCGAUCCGGCACAAACGCUCGUGAACAAGCAUGCGUCGCAUGUGUGGAGCAAGAUCAUGGAACUUUCUUGGACACCUCCAGCACCACCUAUCUUUGCGUACGUCAACAGGUCUCUCAAGGGCAAAUGGGCAUCUCUGGCCUGUCAUGAGACCGGCUCGCUCGUUGUGCAGCAUGCAUUCGAAAAUCUGGAGGAGUCCGCGAAGGACGGCAUAGUCGAUGAGCUCCUGAACCAGGGCCCCGUUGUAUUCGGCGAAGUCGCAAAGAGCCAAUGGGGCUCGUACUGCAUUCAGCACAUUCUCGAACAUGGCUCUCAGCGUCACCGUGAACUGGCAUUGGAGCACCUCAUAGGCGGUCUCCUUGAAUAUGCUACCAACGAGCAAGGCAUCAAGUCCAUCACCAAAGCCUUGAAGGAGGGCGGCAAAGACACUCUGGACAGAAUCAUCAAGCGGAUGUGUGAACCAGCGAAGAGUGCUCGCAGGGCGACGGUUGUAGAUCUCGCUCUAUCCGUCACCGGGAGCCAGCUCAUUGCAAGCGUCUUACCCAACGCCGACAAGGACCAGCGGGCUCUCCUUUACGAUUCUAUCCGUGGACAUAUCGUUACGCUCCGUGGCUGCAAAACUGGUUCGAAGGUCAUCUGGUUGUUUGACCGAAUGCGCGCAUAUUACGGCUACUGAAUCUUGUUCUACGCUGCAACAUAUCAUCUGACAUAUAUUCAAGCCGUAUCUGUACCACCGCAAUCCCUCCCAUGCAUCACAUUCUUUUUGCAGUGCCGCCGUUGCGGACGCAUCCCUCUGCCAACGUUCAUUCACCAUUCGCUUUACACCUUGCCACGACAUAGAUCCAUCGUACAUUACCAACAGCAAGAUCGCUCAGCAAGCAUACAACAAGGACUAUCAUAUUGCACUGUCAAUUUACGCACGCAUACUUUCUUUAUUGCUCCUUAUUCGCAUUAUCUCCUCAGCUCAUCUGCAACUCCCAAUAAAUCCAACCACCUCCUCCAGGACCCCGAUGUGUACAUGUACCUGUGCAGGCUCCCUGCCGGCAAAUAGCCAUAGUAAUCACAAAUCCUGUCAUUACAAUGUAGUGCGCUGCAUGUGCAGAUGAACGAGAUCUUUCCUUGCAACACGAAUGCGUAGAAUGAACUGUGCGUACGACAAACCUCCAUGCCUUUGCCGCCCUGUGCACGUAGAAGGAGCAAGUGCCAUGUGAACGACAUCUUAACGAUUCUUCCGAAUUCCUAGCUUUGAACCACGGCUGGUGACUACACGCGACGUCCUUGCUGACGUUUCGACAAGCUUUCGGACCAUGUAGUAAAGCAAACAUUAUUUCAGCACGUGGAUAUCCAUCCAGCGAGUGGUAGAGUGAGUUUGGUUUGGACGAGAUAUCUAAGUGCUAACACAAUACGGCCUCACGACGAGUAAAGCUCCUCCCUAAUGUUGAUUCCAAGCUCCUCGCGGAGAGGCUUGAGCUCGUCGAGGUACGCCUGGUACUGUUGCUUGUUCUCGACCUUCUCCUUGAUACCCUCAAACACGCGGACGGCUGUCGCGUAAUCGUUGACACGGCGGGCGGCGCGUACGGCAGCCUCGAUGACAGCGGGGGCAGGAACGAGGUCGUGCGCGAAACAGUUGUUAAGACCGCGCUGAACCUCGAAGAGAUCCUGGGCGGACUGGAAGAAGUUGACGUAGCGCUCCGUGAAGGACUCGAACGUCUCUUGGCCGUGUGCGCUGGACGAGGGGCGGGCGAAGACCGGGGCGACGCGGGUCGCGGCAGGGCGGGCGCGGAGGAGAGUGGACGCGAGCUGUGCACGCAACAUGGUCGAGGUGCAAGGUUGGAGGAUGGAGAGGAGGGCGGCGAGGAUGUGGUCGUGACGGAAGAAAAGGCGAGGAUGUCAGGGCACGACCGGGCGCGACUCUGCCGAGGCUCGAU